AUGGCCCAAGCCAACCAAGAAGUUAGACUCCGUGUAGAGCCCAAUGUGAGUACCAUGGCCUCACGGUUGAGAGAUUUCACUAGGAUGAACCCUCCUAUCUUGUUGGGUUCCAAAAUGAAUAAAGACCCACAAGAGUUUUUGGAUGAGGUUUAUAAGAUAGUGCAAUCUAUGGGGGUCACUGCUAUUGAGAAAGCCGAGUUGGCCGGGUAUCAAUUGAAAAAUGUGGCCGAAGUGUGGUACACGCAAUGGAAAGACAAUAGGCCUUUAAGGGAAGGUCCCAUAAGUUGGGAAGUAUUUAAGAAGACCUUCCUUGAUAGGUUCUUUCCCCAUAAGAAGAGGGAAGCCAAAGUCGAGGAGUUCAUCAACCUUCGCCAAGGAGGUAUGAGUGUCCAAGAAUACCCCUUGAAAUUUACUAAGUUGUCCAAAUAUGCCCCCUCUUUGGUUUCUGAUCUGAGGGAGGAGAUGAGCCGCUUUGUCACCGGUGUUUCGGAUGUUAUUGAACAAGGGUGUCGAGCGGCAAUGCUCCAUGACAACAUGGAUAUCUCAAAUUUGAUGGUACAUGCUCAACAAGUUGAGCCUAGGAAGAAGAAUAGAGAGGCAAAAAGGGCAAAACCCGAGGAACAAAGUUAA